AUGGGCGAUGAACUCGAUCAGUUUUGGUCAAACGACGUUCUAGAUUGGAAAAAGGAUGUCUAUGUACUGGCAAAGGGUGGAUCACGAGCGGAAAACCGCACUUCUGCAGGUGCCUCUCCCGCGUACCUAACCGAAGGUGGAGAUCAUGGGCAAACCUCUCUACAUGUUGAACAACACAAUGUAAAUCCCUGGGUUCCUUGGGGUUUUCCCGAGGUUGCGGCCGGGAAGCUGGGAGAAUUAGCUAGUACUGAAGAGGAAAGAAUAACCAGCAUUGCUUAUGAAGGCCAAAAACAAAAAGCUGGAACAAUACCCGAGGAAGAGAAUGAGUUCCACACGAAUGAGGAGCAAAAAGAGCAGGGGAUGGCCGCAGCAUCAUAUGACAAAGCCUCUGCGAAAAAGAUAUCUGAAGACGAAUCCGAGUAUCUCCAGACUUUGCGCAACAAGCCUACUUCACCAGCGGCUGACGCCAUCAGGAAUCCAGGAGGCACCCUGGGAGUGAAUGCACAAGCAAGGGCAAGGAUUCAUCUGGUACACUACAGACUGCGGGACAAGAUUUCUUAUACCAGCGACGAACGCGCACAACACGAGCGCAAACGACAACCUUUUCUCUUUUUAUGAAGAGUUGGAAUUGAAAAUCAGUAUCAGGAGUGCAUAGAUGUACGAUCCCACUCGAUCUCUAUCAUCUACAGUGUCCUCAAGUAGUUGCGCUCUCUUUCUCCGAGGUGAGUCAGGUGUCCGGGGGGGGGCUCACUGUGCAGGAUCCACGACCUAACCGAACCUAUCUCUAUCUUUUCAAGCGUAUUUUUGGUGUUUUCUGUUCUUCUUUCUCCUUCAAUCUGUCUAAUUUUCUUCUAAUCUUCUGUUAUUACUCUACUUCUUCCUCCUUCAAUCUGUCUAUGUCUCUAACCUUCGGCCGAAUAUUGUUUGGGAACAAAGUUUUUUGCGGAUCACUGGAGGAAGAUUUUUUGGUUGGGCUUAGCCAAAGACAUUGGGAAAAUUGCCGCUUCGUGCAAGACACUGCGGGGUUACCGGCAUACCCACCGUAUUUAUGUUGAGGUGGGUGUUCUGCUUAUUUAAGUACGUACAAGAACUUGAACUCUACUAAAUAACUACUCAAGUGUAAGUGAAUCAAAAAUAAAGCGAAUUAUUUUCGUUCAUGGAAAACGUAAACGAGAGAAGCAAAAGCUGUUCAAAUAAUAACCUGUCCCUCUAAUCCCUCCUGAAGCAAGUGGGUACUUGAUGGAAGCGGCUGUGGUGCGGUUUCUGCUUCAGAAAGAUAUCGAAUGGCGUGGUUCUGAGUGGGCUGUUGAGGAUAGCACACAAGGUAUGAUCUUCGCUGGAACGCGUCUGCGCCGAAUCAACUUUCCCUUUGAGGUGAUGCGUGCGCAGAGGCUGGUUAGAGUAAAUGGGGUCUAAAUUUUUAUAGACGCAUAUUACAACUGUUGAUGUUGCGUACCGUAUUAUUUAAUUACAUGUUGUGUCUAAGUCUAAGAAGAUGAUUAAGAUUCUGAUCGAAAUUUUUUCCUCCUUCAGCAUUUCGCUGCGUAAAUAGGCCAGAUAAGAAGGAAACACGACAAGGACAACAUGACAUUUCCUUGGCCAGAGUAGCCUCUUUCCCUUUUGAUAUCGCAGAAAACUAGAUUCUGUACAUCGUACUUGUAGAUCAUGAAAAAAGCAAAAUUAUUCGAUCAGAUCAGAAUAUAUUCUUUAUUUGACGCAUUCUACAUUUCUUAAUGUGUUGGAUACAUUCGAACACAGACUGUUAAGUCGCGUCUAGUUUCUCGGUGAGAAACACUUGAGAGUGUUACUUGUUUGCACAAUUCGCACUCACAGCCUGAGACUAAUGAUCUCUGGCUGCUUUGAUCCCUGUGGAUAUUCAUUGGGGUUGCAAGGAGGAAGUCUCAGCUUCAUCAUUGGGAUAUCAUGUAGCAUGGGGAAGCUCUCAUAUGCUUCAUACGGAAACGCUUAUGCUAUCAUCAUUGAUUCAUACGAUCAUCCUACAUUGAUUCCCAUCAUUGAUCAGAACUUGACAAGACGUUAUGGACCUGAUUACAGCUAUGAAACAUUCACCAUUCCUGCUAUCUGAAUACGUUGAAGGUCCUUUGCCUGAUGAUCACUGAUUUUGGAACUAUAUGCAUUUAGGUCUGUAGGUUAUCUUUGAGAUCAUUCCGGUGCUGUUUUGUCCUUGACUGUAUUGGGAGGCUUGAGCCACAAACGAGAGAGAGAGGAGAAGCCAGAGACACCCGCGCGACGGUAAACCCGUCGGGCGUUUGGAUGGUGCUCCGGUAACCUUUUGCCUGGCGAUCUUGGUCAUUUUGCUGAUCUUUAUCCUUGUGAUCUUUGUGAAUCCAUUAGGAUUAUGACCUUGACCAACACCCCUCCUCAAUCGUUGCGUGUCGAAGUCCCUAGUCUUCUGGACUACCACGGAAGUCAUAUCUCCUAACUACUCUUCUAUGGCUACGGUAUACUCGGCUAGAAACCAAAGUAAACCGAAUAUACUACACUAUAGUAAGCUAAAUCAUCCCCAUUCGUUUCAUCGUCUGAGGAAUCACAAUCAUCAUACUCAACUUUAGUUAUCGGGUUAUCUAUAUGGUGAAGUAGUAGUCUACGUUGAGACGAACUACAUUCUAACUUAGUUAAGCCAUCAGCCUUCAUUAAGUUAGUUGGACAGAAAACUAUCUUACUGGCCGCAUCACGCACACGCAAGUAGCGAAGUGCAUAAUGGCGACUCUUCGGGCGUGUGUCAGUUGCUUUGGCUGUUGUGAUCGCGGAUUGGUUGUCGAUCCAGAGCACAGCAUUGUCUAAAGAGGGAGACAAGCCGUUCUGUGUGUGUACCAACUGAGUUGGUAGAGGCCUAUAGAAGUCUGUAAAGUCAUGCAGUUCACUAAGCACGAUAGUGUCAGAAGCUGCAAUAUAUUCACUUUCAGCCGUAGAGUAGGCACGGACAGUUUGUCGGUUACUUCUCCAAGCAAUUGGAACGCCUUUGAAAUACAUGAUCGAUCCACUUGUACUUCUCAUAGUCUUUGCGCAGUUGGCGAAACCUGCAUCACUAAAGAUAUUCACCUCUGGCAUAUCUCUGCCUUCAGGUAGUAACUUUGAAUAGAUUCUAUUGAAUUCUUCUUCUUGUUCUGGUGAGUAUUCCAGUCCUUGGUCUCUCGUUGUCACCAGAUACUUUAGCACUUUUCUGGCUGCUUUAACCAUUCUUGUUGACGCGGGUUUGCUGACAUGUCUAGCCAAUGCUGCCACCGGUACAGAAAUGUCCGGGCGCGCGGUUACAGCUACCCAUAGCAAGGCACCAACUACCUCACGAAAGGGAUACCCUUCGACUAUCUUGAUCCCCUCCUCAAGAAAAGCCGACUCGUCAAAAUUGGGCGAGUAAACCGGUUUUCCGACAUCAAUUUCGAAUUUCUUUGCGAUUUUAUCAAUGUACUCCUCCAUAUUGAGCCGAAAUGUUCGAGCUUCACGGCAGUAGUACACGAUGGCACCUAAGAAGUCGAACCUGAGCCACGUUUGACCCCAAGGGGUUGGAACGGACUCCACAUCAAUCGCACGGCCAGGGGCACGCGAGAAGAUGAGUUCUAGUUCGGUCUUGAGCUCAUCAAGAUCAGGACCCGUUGCAAGAUUGUCAUCAACAUAGACUGACAUCUUGAGGAACUUCCCAGGUACCUUCGCACUCGGCUUUCUCCAUAAGCCUGGCGCAGAAUCACACGGCUCCCAGCCAAUACUGGCUAGUAUGUCGUGAUAUUUCUUGAACCAUGCUCGUGGUGCGUCCUUCAAGCCGUAUAAGGCCUUCUUGAGCUUCACGAUCUCGCGUCCAUGCUUCUCUGCCCAGAUGGGUGGGAGACGGCAGAAGACAUCGCGAUCGAGUUCAGCAUUGAGGAACGCAGAAUCUAAAUCGAACGGGAUCACAUAGUCCUGUUCUGACGCAGCAGAUGUCAGGAGCAGCCUAUUAGCGGCGUGUGAAACUACGGGAGCAAAGGUGUUUAGCUCUCCUGAACGAUCUAGAUUACCGAGGACACAAGCGCGAGCCUUGUAUCUUCCACAUCUUUUAAUAGUUAGAAUUAUGGCAAUUGGUAGAGCCUGUCGCGCGGUCGCAAGCUCCUCGUCAGAAGCUUCUUUCCACGUCUCAAAGGCUAGCAGUCUCGCAUGCUCUUUGUCAAUAACCUCCCGCCAUUUGUCGGCAUCAGGAGACUUGAGUGCUUGAGCAACGGACAAAAUCACAUAUGAUUCGACGAAUUCCUCAUCUUCGUCUAAUUCACACGUGCCACCUACUGCACUAGCGAACAGCGCCACAUUCUUUCUCAGUUCUUCUAACUGUUUCUUUGUUCUUCGAACCCUGCUGCCUGCUUUGUCCUUCGCUCCUUUUGGUCGGCCACGCUUCUUGACGUGUGUACGGCGUUCGCCUGCCACAACACGUGCUGGAGAAGGCGCUUUCGACUUAGACGGACUUAGCGGAGCAGAUGUCUCGCGAUCCUUCGCUUCAGCAUUCCCCUCCUCAAGUGAAACACCUUUUGGAGAGUCAGCUGCGUUGGAUUCCUCUACUUUAUCCAGUGUCUCAAUAAAUAAUUCGUCGGAAAUCGCGGUCGGUCCACCUGGAAUGUGCUCCGUGCCAGAGAACCCCGAUUGAUGAUCCAGCCUUUGCACUGACUGUCCAAGCAAGGGGGAGCCCAGCGACGACGCGCCACUCUGCAGAUUUUCCAGUUCGUCAUACUCAAUGUAGAUGCCCUUCUGAUCUGGCAAAAGCCAAUCGAUAUUUUUAAUUAGAUAGUCCUCUCUGAACUUUACAUCUAGGGUAGAGUAUUCCGCCCAUCGAUGUCCAAGCUUGCAACGAUCGUCAUGAGCGAAAGUUCCAACCAACCAACCAGACGACUUCGGACAGAGUCCAAGGAAGACGCCACGGCGGUACUUGGCCGAGAGCUUGGGUUCAGGAGUGUUGGCUUGAAUUUGUUCACGAAAGUAAACUAGACAACCAAAUCGGCGGAGCAUGCCGAUUGAACUCUUCGAUGAGUUUCUACCAGUCCUUUCUUCUAAGAUUUCAAUUGGACUCUUUCCAUCAUGUUGAGGCAUUUUUGCAUAGUUAUGCGGUAAACGAUCCCAGCAGUCACCAGCGUACUCGACGCAGUAACACCAGAGGCGUUUAUCAACUUUAGUCAGCAUUGUGCGUACACUGCCGAACAAAGUCCGCAUAAAACGUUCGCAGGUCCCAUUCAUCUCCGGAUUAUAAGGAACAGCCGGACUGUCUGAGACUCGCAGCGAUUGCAUAACUUUGGUCAUGUCAUCACUGCUCAGGACAGGUUCUCCAUCCCUCCGGAGGAACCACACUACCUUGUCAUCAAGUGAUAAGGAGUAGUCCUGGCGAAUGCCUUUGAUAACUUCUUCUAUUUCCUCCACACAGUCACUUUUCAGCUUAAGCGGUCGACAGAACACCUUCUUAAUUACAUCACAGAUGAUCACUAAUACACAUCUCUUUGACCUGACUGAUACGGGUUUGAUUCCAACAGCAAAGUCGAUUGCUAGUAACUUCAAUGGUUCAGGUUUGUAGUUCGAAGUAUCUCUAGCUUUUGCAUGUGGUGCGCGUUGGCCUUUAUGUAGAUCACACUCAGGGCAAUUUACCUGGAGGCCAUCUAUAUGAAAGUGCCCACAUCUUCUAUGAAGUUCGAGUCUUGUAAGGUAACAACUACUGACUCCUUCUUCUACUGUUGAACAAAUAUAACCACUAUCAGUCUCUUCUUUAAAUAAGUUGCAUGCAAGUAUGGGAAGCUGCAAGCGUGGAUGACUUCUUAUGGGUAUGGCCUGGCCGGUGUCCGUAUGUACGAGACAACCACCUGCGCCUUUGAAGUUGAAUUCCCAUCCUAAUUGCGAGCAGUUCCCUUCACCUAACCAAGGUAUAAUACGAUCUAAGUCCUUUGGUAGUGAAUCAUAAUAAACACCAUACUGGAGCCCUAAGAUGUUUGACUUUAGUUUUCCUACUCUUCCGUCUUUACUUCCAGCGCUACCAGUAAUCCUACAAGUUCUCAUAGUUAUUUCACUAAAGUCAUCCUUGUGUCUUGAAAGGUAUUUGUUUGCACAGCUAUCAACCAGACUAACUUCUUCUCUUGCAGUAAUGGAACUAGUUGAAAGACUAUGUCCCACAAGUUUUACCUCCCCUGUAUUAUUUACGUUUAUUUCUUCACCCUCAUCUUCAUCCAAGUUCAGCGAGCAAAAUCCGCUUUCCACCGGUUCCGCAACUCAGCUCUGCUUUCCGCCGUUGAGAGCUUGCCACAGCUCCGCAACUUGGGACAUGUGAACCAUGCCAUUACCCUUUCCACCUUUACCCAUAGCACUACUAGAUUGGGAAUUGGUGUUCCAGUUCCAGUUUGCCUGGUUCUGUGGAUUCUUCCAACAAGACGCGGAUUUGUGACCCGGUUUGUUGCAGAUCCAACAGACUGGACGGGUAUCUUGUUUUCCAGAACCUUUAUUAUUUUUGUUCUGCGGCUUUCCUUUGCCGUUCGAAUUGGAGGCAUAGACCUCGGCGGCGAUCUUCUUCUUUGUGUUUGCCUUGAAGCGCUUGAGAGCACUUUUAGACAGAAAGAUCUUACCACCUUCAUUGGCCUUUUCCUCGUCAUCUUCCUCUUCACGAGAACGCUUAUUCGAGGUCUCCUGAACAUUGACCGGGAACGCCUUCCCGAAGGAAUCGUUCUCAACUUUGUAGGUUCCCUCCUCGAUCAACGUCGCAAGACGCUUUUCAAGUCGGUCACCAAUCUGGUCAAAUGUCAGACCAUCUUCUUCCUGCAUGCGUUCGAUCGUUGCCUUGAAGUUCUUGCAGAACAGCUCUGGCAACUUCUGUAGCAGUGCACCAUUUUGUUGGUCACUUUCUGGCACUCCUGCUUCCGGCGGGUACACGGUGGGCGACUGGUUCAUGAUGUCUCGGACUUUCGACAAGAAUCCUGUGACAUCUGCAGGUUGAUCCGCGUUGUGGAACUUCAACACGCCAUCCGUAAGCGGUUUUACUUUCAUCCGUUGUUCCUGACGGUUGUUUUGAUCGAAGUGUCCUACAUCACGAAGGAGCACAACAACCUCACCUGCAUCCAUCGCAUCCACCUGCCCAUUAUCGUUCUGGUUGUUGAUGAACGACGCAGCGGCACCUUUCAGACUACGAAUAAUCGCAUCUUUCAGGUUGCGCCACUUCUGCCGAAUUGUUUCCUCCCGAUUGGUAACUCCGUUAGGAAUACCAUGAGGAGCUGCCGGAAUGCCGACUACAUUCGUGUAGUUUUGAAGCAGGCCGAGACGGCUAGCUUCCUGACGUAUGGCAAGUUGCCAUGCUCGCCAGUCGGACUUCUGUCCGAGUUUCUUCGAAAUUUCUUUCGCAUCGCAGGACAUUUUGAAAAGUUGUUUCUAGAUGGAUUUCUACUCUAUACUUAGCUCAAGGGUCAAAGUAGUGUUGGAUACAUUCGAACACAGACUGUUAAGUCGCGUCUAGUUUCUCGGUGAGAAACACUUGAGAGUGAUACUGUUUGCACAAUUUGCACUCACAGCCUGAGACUAAUGAUCUCUGGCUGCUUUGAUCCCUGUGGAUGUUCAUUGGGGUUACAUGGAGGAAGUCUCAGCUUCAUCAUUGGGAUAUCAUGUUGCAUGGGGAAACUUUCAUAUGGAAACGCUUAUGCUAUCAUCAUUGAUUCAUACGAUCAUCCUAUGUUGAUUCUCAUCAUUGAUCAGAACUGACAGUACGUUAUGAACCUGAUUACAGCUAUGAAACAUUCAUCAUUUCUUCUAUCUGAAUACGUUGAAGGUCCUUUGCCUGAUGAUCACUGAUUUUGGAACUAUAUGCAUUUAGGUCUGUAGGUUAUCUUUGAGAUCAUUCCGGUGCUGUUUUGUCCUUGACUGUAUUGGGAGGCUUGAGCCACAAACGAGAGAGAGAGGAGAAGCCAGAGACACCCGCGCGACGGUAAACCCGUCGGGCGUUUGGAUAGUGCUCCGGUAACCUUUUGCCUGGCGAUCUUGGUCAUUUUGCUGAUCUUUAUCCUUGUGAUCUUUGUGA